CCGGCUCCCAGACUAGGAAGCAAAUAUACUCCAAUAAGGAAAGAGAGAAUGGUCCUUACCGAAACCCCCGAUUAGGGUUCCAACCUUGACGUCAAUUCAUGCUCAAUCUUUCUUGUGAUCAAAGGAUCUACGUUUUUGUAUUUGUGGAUUUUGAUUUUCUUGCUCCAUUACCUGCUUGAUUUUGGGUGGAUUAUUCUGAGAUCGUCGUCUUGUUUCGGUUGUUUUCAACGUUUGACCUUGCAUUGAUGGAUGGUGGAAAGCGAUUUCAUGUAGCUGACCUCAAGUAGUUGAGAACUUGGGACUAAGGCUCUGUAGAGUUGAGUGUUGAUGUGCUUGUGGUACAGUAUAUUAGUCUUACAGCUAUUGGACUGAAGAGGGGUUUGAUAAAGUAUCAAAAUAACCCAGGAGUUUCUUCAGAUAUUGUGUGAUAAAAAUGGGGUCUUUCUUGAGCUUGGCUGGGCCCAAGAGUAGGACAAGCGAGCAUGAUGAGGGGUCUCAGCAUGAAACCUGCAAGAGGCAAAGGAUGUCUUCAAGCUUUAAUGAGGAAAAUCCAAGAUUGAUUCCUAGCCUUCCUGAUGAGAUAUCAAUCCUUAUUCUUGCUAGACUUCCAAGAAUUUGCUAUUUUGAUUUGAGGUUGGUGUCACGGAACUGGAAGGCAACCAUUACAAGUCCAGAACUCUUCAAUUUAAGAAAAGAACUUGGAAAAACAGAAGAAUGGCUAUACAUAUUGACUAAGGUUGAAGAAGAUAGACUUUUGUGGCAUGCUUUGGACCCUUUGUCAAGAAGAUGGCAGAGGUUGCCAUCAAUGCCUAAUGUUGUUUAUGAAGAAGAAUCUAGGAAGGUUUCAUCUGGGCUUUGGAUGUGGAAUAUGGUGGGGCCAAGCAUCAAAAUUGCGGAUGUAAUUAGGGGCUGGCUUGGGCGGAAGGAUACAUUGGAUCAAAUGCCAUUUUGUGGUUGUGCUAUUGGAGCUGUUGAUGGAUGCCUCUAUGUUCUUGGUGGAUUUUCCAGUGCUUCGACAAUGAGAUGCGUCUGGCGUUUUGAUCCAAUUUUAAAUGCAUGGAGUGAAGUGACUCCAAUGUCAACAGGCAGGGCCUACUGUAAGACUGGUAUAUUAAACGACAAGCUUUAUGUUGUUGGAGGGGUUAGUCGGGGCAGAGGUGGAUUGACUCCUCUUCAAUCUGCGGAAGUUUUUGAUCCUUGCACUGAUACAUGGUCUCAAAUACCAAGCAUGCCAUUCUCAAGAGCUCAGGUGUUACCCACUGCCUUUUUGGCAGACAUGCUAAAGCCUAUUGCCACCGGAAUGACUUCAUACAUGGGAAGAUUAUGUGUCCCUCAGAGUUUAUACUCAUGGCCUUUUUUUGUAGAUGUUGGAGGAGAGAUUUAUGAUCCUGAAACAAAUUCAUGGGUUGAAAUGCCAAUUGGUAUGGGGGAUGGUUGGCCUGCACGGCAGGCUGGUACAAAAUUAAGCGUUGUAGUAGAUGGUGAAUUAUAUGCAUUUGACCCUUCCAGUUCCCUAGAUAGUGGCAAUAUCAAGGUUUAUGAUCAAAAAGAAGAUGCUUGGAAAGUUGUUAUAGGAAAGGUUCCUAUCUGUGAUUUUACAGAUUCAGAAUCUCCAUACUUACUUGCUGGGUUUCUUGGCAAACUUCACAUCAUCACAAAAGAUGCCAAUCAUGACAUUGCUGUUCUGCAGGCUGAUCUGCGUGAUAAUUUGGGUUUUCCCCCAUCAACCGCACCUUCUUGUUCAGCUACCUCCUCACAUGAACAUUCUGAUUUAUUGGCAGAAACAGAAACAGUUGUUUGGAAGGUUAUUGCCACAAGGGAUUUUGGAACUGCAGAACUGGUCAGUUGUCAAGUUCUUGAUAUUUAGUAGUGUAUAUAAGAUGGCUGAUCAACCUUGGUGUUGGUGUCUUGUAACCUAUAUUAAUAUGUUAUAUGGUGAGAAGAUCACUACCAUCUCUUAGUGUGGGUGCAAGCACAUAGGACCAGUGUUUGAUGAAAAUUUCAUUCUGCUGCAAGGGUAAUAGUUCAUCAUUUGGAUAGGAUUUCCUUAUGUUUCUGUGACCAGUAUUUUCACAAGUCAAAAGUUAUAAUAUCCAGAAGAUCAUUGGCAAGUUUUUCAUCUGUUCUUGACCCCUGCAUCCUUUGAAUCUGGUGUCCUCUUCAUGUCAAUUGCCAAUGUUGUUGGAUUUUUCAGGUCUGGUAUAUUGGAUCAUAAUCUAUUUAAAGAUGAACCCAUGUAUUUCUUUUGUCUUCACUGAGACAGGAUUUUACCUUGGUUUUCAUGGCUAGUGGUCUGUCCGCAGAAUCAUGUAUCCUCUCUCAUUGUAACUGUAUGAUAAACUUCUGUAUUAUUUUUACCAACAUGCAAAUUUAAUAUAUUUCUAAAAGCAUGCUGCAGUUGCCUUAUUGCUUCA